AUGCCACAAUGCCAGAACAUGCCAAAGGUGGUGGGGUGGAGGGGUGGAGGGGAGAGAGGGGGGAGGAAAAGGGCCGCCCGCCUCUUAGAGGAGAGGCGCCUCUCAGAGGACAGGCGCUGCCACUUACAGGAGAGCCACCCGCCUCUUAGAGGAGAGGCGCCUGCCCCUCAGAGGAGAGGCGCCUGCCCCUCAGAGAAGAGGCGCCUGCCCCUCAGAGGAGAGGCGCCUGCCUCUCAGAGGAGAGGCACCUGCCCCUCAGGAGAGGCGCCUGCCUCUCAGAGGAGAGGCGCCUGCCCCUUCGAGGAGAGGCGCCUGUCUCUAAGACGAGAGGCGCCUCUAAGAGGGGUGGAGGGGUGCAGGGGUGGAGGGGUGGAUGGGUGGAUGGGUGGAGGGGUGGAGGUGUGGAUGGGUGGAGGUGUGGAGGGGUGGAGGGGUGGACCGGUGGAGGGGUGGAUGGGUGGAGGGGUGGAGGGGUGGAGGUGUGGAUGGGUGGAUGGGUGGAGGUGUGGAUGGGUGGAGGGGUGGAGGUGUGGAUGGGUGGAUGGGUGGAGGUGUGGAUGGGUGGAGGGGUGGAGGGGUGGAGUGGUGGGGUGGCGCCUCGCCCUCAAAACCCGCCAGAGCAGCGGCGCCUCUCCCUCACAACCCCCAGAGCAGUGGAGCCUCUCCCUCACAACCCCCCCGAGCAGCGGAGCCUCUCCCUCACAAACCCCCAGAGCAGCAGCGCCUCUCCCUUACAACCCCCCAGAGCAGCGGCGCCUCUCCCUCACAACCCCCAGACCAGCGGCGCCUCUCCCUCAAAACCCCAAGAGCAGCGGCGCCUCUCCCUCACAGCCCCCAGAGCAGCGGCGCCUCUCCCUCACAACCCCCAGAGCAGUGGCGCCUCUCCCUCACAACCCCCAGAGCAGCGGCGCCUCGCCCUCACUACCCCCCAGAGCAGCGGCGCCUCUCCCUCGCAACCCCCAGAGCAGUGGAGCCUCUCCCUCACAACCCCCCAGAGCAGCGGAGCCUCUCCCUCACAAACCCCCAGAGCAGCAGCGCCUCUCCCUUACAACCCCCCAGAGCAGCGGCGCCUCUCCCUCACAACCCCCAGACCAGCGGCGCCUCUCCCUCAAAACCCCAAGAGCAGCGGCGCCUCUCCCUCACAGCCCCGAGAGCAGCGGCGCCUCUCCCUCACAACCCCCAGGGCAGUGGCGCCUCUCCCUCACAGCCCCCAGAGCAGCGGCGCCUCUCCCUCAAAACCCCAAGAGCAGCAGCGCCUCGCCCUCAAAACCCGCCAGAGCAGCGGCGCCUCUCCCUCACAACCCCCAGAGCAGUGGAGCCUCUCCCUCACAACCCCCCAGAGCAGCGGAGCCUCUCCCUCACAAACCCCCAGAGCAGCAGCGCCUCUCCCCUACAACCCCCCAGAGCAGCGGCGCCUCUCCCUCACAACCCCCAGAGCAGCGGCGCCUCUCCCUCAAAACCCCAAGAGCAGCGGCGCCUCUCCCUCACAGCCCCCAGAGCAGCGGCGCCUCUCCCUCACAACCCCCAGAGCAGUGGCGCCUCUCCCUCACAGCCCCCAGAGCAGCAGCGCCUCUCCCUCAAAACCCCAAGAGCAGCGGCGCCUCUCCCUCACAGCCCCCAGAGCAGCGGCGCCUCUCCCUCACAACCCCCAGAGCAGUGGCGCCUCUCCCUCACAGCCCCCAGAGCAGCGGCGCCUCGCCCUCACAAACCCCCAGAGCAGCGGCGCCUCUCCCUCACAACCCCCAGAGCAGUGGAGCCUCUCCCUCACAACCCCCCAGAGCAGCGGAGCCUCUCCCUCACAACCCCCAGACCAGCGGCGCCUCUCCCUCAAAACCCCAAGAGCAGCGGCGCCUCUCCCUGACAGCCCCCAGAGCAGCGGCGCCUCUCCCUCACAACCCCCAGAGCAGUGGCGCCUCUCCCUCACAGCCCCCAGAGCUGCGGCGCCUCUCCCUCAAAACCCCAAGAGCAGCAGCGCCUCGCCCUCAAAACCCGCCAGAGCAGCGGCGCCUCUCCCUCACAACCCCCAGAGCAGUGGAGCCUCUCCCUCACAACCCCCCAGAGCAGCGGAGCCUCUCCCUCACAAACCCCCAGAGCAGCAGCGCCUAUCCCUUUCAACCCCCCAGGGCAGCGGCGCCUCUCCCUCACAACCCCCAGAGCAGCGGCGCCUCUCCCUCAAAACCCCAAGAGCAGCGGCGCCUCUCCCUCACAGCCCCAGAGCAGCGGCGCCUCUCCCUCACAACCCCCAGAGCAGUGGCGCCUCUCCCUCACAGCCCCCAGAGCAGCGGCGCCUCUCCCUCAAAACCCCAAGAGCAGCAGCGCCUCGCCCUCAAAACCCGCCAGAGCAGCGGCGCCUCUCCCUCACAACCCCCAGAGCAGUGGAGCCUCUCCCUCACAACCCCCCAGAGCAGCGGAGCCUCUCCCUCACAAACCCCCAGAGCAGCAGCGCCUCUCCCUUACAACCCCCCAGAGCAGCGGCGCCUCCCCCUCACAACCCCCAGAGCAGCGGCGCCUCUCCCUCAAAACCCCAAGAGCAGCGGCGCCUCUCCCUCACAGCCCCCAGAGCAGCGGCGCCUCUCCCUCACAACCCCCAGAGCAGUGGCGCCUCUCCCUCACAGCCCCCAGAGCAGCGGCGCCUCUCCCUCAAAACCCCAAGAGCAGCGGCGCCUCUCCCUCACAGCCCCCAGAGCAGUGGCGCCUCUCCCUCACAACCCCCAGAGCAGUGGCGCCUCUCCCUCACAGCCCCCAGAGCAGCGGCGCCUCGCCCUCACUACCCCCCAGAGCAGCGGCGCCUCUCCCUCACAGCCCCCAGAGCAGCGGCGCCUCGCCCUCACAAACCCCCAGAGCAGCGGCGCCUCUCCCUCACAACCCCCAGAGCAGUGGAGCCUCUCCCUCACAAACCCCCAGAGCAGCGGCGCCUCUCCCUCACAACCCCCAGAGCAGUGGAGCCUCUCCCUCACAAACCCCCAGAGCAGCGGCGCCUCUCCCUCACAACCCCCAGAGCAGUGGAGCCUCUCCCUCACAACCCCCCAGAGCAGCGGAGCCUCUCCAUCACAAACCCCCAGAGCAGCAGCGCCUCUCCCUUACAACCCCCCAGAGCAGCGGCGCCUCUCCCUCACAACCCCCAGAGCAGUGGCGCCUCUCCCUCAAAACCCCAAGAGCAGCGGCGCCUCUCCCUCACAGCCCCCAGAGCAGCGGCGCCUCUCCCUCACAACCCCCAGAGCAGUGGCGCCUCUCCCUCACAGCCCCCAGAGCAGCGGCGCCUCUCCCUCAAAACCCCAAGAGCAGCGGCGCCUCUCCCUCACAGCCCCCAGAGCAGCGGCGCCUCUCCCUGACAACCCCCAGAGCAGUGGCGCCUCUCCCUCACAGCCCCCAGAGCAGCGGCGCCUCGCCCUCACAAACCCCCAGAGCAGCGGCGCCUCUCCCUCACAACCCCCAGAGCAGUGGAGCCUCUCCCUCACAACCCCCCAGAGCAGCGGAGCCUCUCCCUCACAACCCCCAGACCAGCGGCGCCUCUCCCUCAAAACCCCAAGAGCAGCGGCGCCUCUCCCUCACAGCCCCCAGAGCAGCGGCGCCUCUCCCUCACAACCCCCAGAGCAGUGGCGCCUCUCCCUCACAGCCCCCAGAGCAGCGGCGCCUCUCCCUCAAAACCCCAAGAGCAGCGGCGCCUCGCCCUCAAAACCCGCCAGAGCAGCGGCGCCUCUCCCUCACAACCCCCAGAGCAGUGGAGCCUCUCCCUCACAACCCCCCAGAGCAGCGGAGCCUCUCCCUCACAAACCCCCAGAGCAGCAGCGCCUCUCCCUUACAACCCCCAGAGCAGAGGCGCCUCUCCCUCACAACCCCCAGAGCAGCGGCGCCUCUCCCUCAAAACCCCAAGAGCAGCGGCGCCUCUCCCUCACAGCCCCCAGAGCAGCGGCGCCUCUCCCUCACAACCCCCAGAGCAGUGGCGCCUCUCCCUCACAGCCCCCAGAGCAGCGGCGCCUCUCCCUCAAAACCCCAAGAGCAGCGGCGCCUCUCCCUCACAGCCCCCAGAGCAGCGGCGCCUCUCCCUCACAACCCCCAGAGCAGUGGCGCCUCUCCCUCACAGCCCCCAGAGCAGCGGCGCCUCGCCCUCACAAACCCCCAGAGCAGCGGCGCCUCUCCCUCACUACCCCCCAGAGCAGCGGCGCCUCUCCCUCACAACCCCCAGAGCAGUGGAGCCUCUCCCUCACAACCCCCCAGAGCAGCGGCGCCUCUCCCUCACAAACCCCCCGAGCAGCAGCGCCUCUCCCUCACACACAACCCCCCAGAGCAGCGGCGCCUCUCCCUCACAACCCCCAGAGCAGUGGCGCCUCUCCCUCACAGCCCCCCAGAGCAGCGGCGCCUCGCCCUCACAACCCCCCAGAGCAGCAGCGCCUCUCCCUCACAACCCCCCAGAGCAGCGGCGCCUCUCCCUCACAAAUCCCCAGAGCAGCGGCGCCUCUCCCUCACAACCCCCAGAGCAGUGGCGCCUCUCCCUCACAACCCCCCAGAGCAGCGGCGCCUCUCCCUCACAACCCCCAGAGCAGCGGCGCCUCUCCCUCAAAACCCGCCAGAGCAGCGGCGCCUCUCCCUCACAACCCCCAGAGCAGUGGAGCCUCUCCCUCACAACCCCCCAGAGCAGCGGCGCCUCUCCCUCACAAACCCCCAGAGCAGCAGCGCCUCUCCCUUAAAACCCCCCAGAGCAGCGGCGCCUCUCCCUCACAACCCCCAGAGCAGCGGCGCCUCUCCCUCAAAACCCCAAGAGCAACGGCACCUCUCCCUCACAGCCCCCAGAGCAGCGGCGCCUCUCCCUCACAACCCCCAGAGCAGUGGCGCCUCUCCCUCACAGCCCCCAGAGCAGCGGCGCCUCGCCCUCACUACCCCCCAGAGCAGCGGCGCCUCUCCCUCGCAACCCCCAGAGCAGUGGAGUCUCUCCCUCACAACCCCCCAGAGCAGCGGCGCCUCUCCCUCACAAACCCCCAGAGCAGCGGCGCCUCUCCCUCACAACCCUCCAGAGCAGCGGCGCCUCUCCCUCACAACCCCCAGAGCAGUGGCGCCUCUCCCUCACAGCCCCCCAGAGCAGCGGCGCCUCGCCCUCACAACCCCCCAGAGCAGCAGCGCCUCUCCCUCACAACCCCCAGAGCAGCGGCGCCUCUCCCUCAAAACCCCCCAGAGCAGCGGCGCCUCUCCCUCACAGCCCCCAGUGCAGCGGAGCCUCUCCCUCACAACCCCCCAGAGCAGCGGCGCCUCUCCCUCACAACCCCCAGAGCAGCGGCGCCUCUCCCUCACAACCCCCAGAGCAGCGGCGCCUCUCCCUCACAACCCCCCAGAGCAGCGGCGCCUCUCCCUCACAACCCCCUGAGCAGUGGCGCCUCUCCCUCACAACCCCCCAGAGCAGCGGCGCCUCUCCCUCACAACCCCCAGAGCAGCGGCGCCUCUCCCUCAAAACCCCCAGAGCAGCGGCGCCUCUCCCUCACAACCCCCCAGAGCAGUGGCGCCUCUCCCUCACAACCCCCAGAGCAGCGGCGCCUCUCCCUCACAACCCCCCAGAGCAGCGGCGCCUCUCCCUCACAACCCCCAGAGCAGUGGCGCCUCUCCCUCACAACCCCCCAGAGCAGCGGCGCCUCUCCCUCACAACCCCCAGAGCAGCGGCGCCUCUCCGUCAAAACCCCCAGAGCAGCGGCGCCUCUCCCUCACAACCCCCCAGAGCAGCGGCGCCUCUCCCUCACAACCCCCCAGAGCAGCAGCGCCUCUCCCUCAAAACCCCCCAGAGCAGCGGCGCCUCUCCCUCAAAACCCCCAGAGCAGCGACGCCUCUCCCUCGGAACCCCCCAGAGCAGCGGCGCCUCUCCCUCGCAACCCCCAGAGCAGUGGAGCCUCUCCCUCACAACCCCCCAGAGCAGCGGCGCCUCUCCCUCACAAACCCCCAGAGCAGCAUCGCCUCUCCCUCACAACCCCCCAGAGCAGCGGCGCCUCUCCCUCACAACCCCCAGAGCAGCGGCGCCUCUCCCUCAAAACCCCCCAGAGCAGCGGCGCCUCUCCCUCACAACCCCUCAGAGCAGCGGCGCCUCUCCCUCACAACCCCCCAGAGCAGCGGCGCCUCUCCCUCACAGCCCCCAGAGCAGCGGCGCCUCUCCCUCACAACCCCCAGAGCAGUGGCGCCUCUCCCUCACAGCCCCCAGAGCAGCGGCGCCUCUCCCUCAAAACCCCAAGAGCAGCGGCGCCUCUCCCUCACAGCCCCCAGAGCAGCGGCGCCUCUCCCUCACAACCCCCAGAGCAGUGGCGCCUCUCCCUCACAGCCCCCAGAGCAGCGGCGCCUCGCCCUCACAAAUCCCCAGAGCAGCGGCGCCUCUCCCUCGCAACCCCAGAGCAGUGGAGCCUCUCCCUCACAAACCCCCAGAGCAGCGGCGCCUCUCCCUCACACCCCCCCAGAGCAGCGGCGCCUCUCCCUCACAACCCCCAGAGCAGCGGCGCCUCUCCCUCACAACCCCCCAGAGCAGCGGCGCCUCUCCCUCACAACCCCCCAGAGCAGCGGCGCCUCUCCCUCACAACCCCCCAGAGCAGCGGCGCCUCUCCCUCACAACCCCCCAGAGCAGCGGCGCCUCUCCCUCACAACCCCUCAGAGCAGCGGCGCCUCUCCCUCACAACCCCUCAGAGCGGCGGCGCCUCUCCCUCACAACCCCCCAGAGCAGCGGCGCCUCUCCCUCACAACCCCCAGAGCAGCGGCGCCUCUCCCUCACAACCCCCCAGAGCAGCGGCGCCUCUCCCUCACAACCCCCAGAGCAGUGGCGCCUCUCCCUCACAGCCCCCAGAGCAGCGGCGCCUCUCCCUCAAAACCCCAAGAGCAGCGGCGCCUCUCCCUCACAGCCCCCAGAGCAGCGGCGCCUCUCCCUCACAACCCCCAGAGCAGUGGCGCCUCUCCCUCACAGCCCCCAGAGCAGCGGCGCCUCGCCCUCACAAAUCCCCAGAGCAGCGGCGCCUCUCCCUCGCAACCCCAGAGCAGUGGAGCCUCUCCCUCACAAACCCCCAGAGCAGCGGCGCCUCUCCCUCACACCCCCCCAGAGCAGCGGCGCCUCUCCCUCACAACCCCCAGAGCAGCGGCGCCUCUCCCUCACAACCCCCCAGAGCAGCGGCGCCUCUCCCUCACAACCCCCCAGAGCAGCGGCGCCUCUCCCUCACAACCCCCCAGAGCAGCGGCGCCUCUCCCUCACAACCCCCCAGAGCAGCGGCGCCUCUCCCUCACAACCCCUCAGAGCAGCGGCGCCUCUCCCUCACAACCCCUCAGAGCGGCGGCGCCUCUCCCUCACAACCCCCCAGAGCAGCGGCGCCUCUCCCUCACAACCCCCAGAGCAGCGGCGCCUCUCCCUCACAACCCCCCAGAGCAGCGGCGCCUCUCCCUCACAACCCCCAGAGCAGUGGCGCCUCUCCCUCACAGCCCCCAGAGCAGCGGCGCCUCUCCCUCAAAACCCCAAGAGCAGCGGCGCCUCUCCCUCACAGCCCCCAGAGCAGCGGCGCCUCUCCCUCACAACCCCCAGAGCAGUGGCGCCUCUCCCUCACAGCCCCCAGAGCAGCGGCGCCUCGCCCUCACAAAUCCCCAGAGCAGCGGCGCCUCUCCCUCGCAACCCCAGAGCAGUGGAGCCUCUCCCUCACAAACCCCCAGAGCAGCGGCGCCUCUCCCUCACACCCCCCCAGAGCAGCGGCGCCUCUCCCUCACAACCCCCAGAGCAGCGGCGCCUCUCCCUCACAACCCCCCAGAGCAGCGGCGCCUCUCCCUCACAACCCCCCAGAGCAGCGGCGCCUCUCCCUCACAACCCCCCAGAGCAGCGGCGCCUCUCCCUCACAACCCCCCAGAGCAGCGGCGCCUCUCCCUCACAACCCCUCAGAGCAGCGGCGCCUCUCCCUCACAACCCCUCAGAGCGGCGGCGCCUCUCCCUCACAACCCCCCAGAGCAGCGGCGCCUCUCCCUCACAACCCCCAGAGCAGCGGCGCCUCUCCCUCACAACCCCCCAGAGCAGCGGCGCCUCUCCCUCACAACCCCCUCAGAGCAGCGGCGCCUCUCCCUCACAACCCCAAGAGCAGCGGCGCCUCUCCCUCACAACCCCCAGAGGGGUGGAUGGGUAGAGGUGGAGGGUUGGAUGGGUGGAGGGGUGGAGGGGUGGAUGGGUGGAUGGGUGGAUGGGUGGAGGUGUGGAGGGGUGGAGGUGUAGAUGGGUAA